AUGGGUUCAUCAAGCGGUUCUCACUCCAGCCAUCACAAGCGGUACGCCUCUCCUCGGGACAGCAUCUCGCCCUACGCCUCGUCGUAUGCAGAACGCAGAUCCAACCAGUACGCCCAGAGCGACUCCCACUCUCGGAGCAGCGUCAUGAGUGACCAGGAGGGCGAGGAGCCAACUCCGCGCAAGAGAAUCUCCGUUGCAUGCCUACGAUGUCGUAAGAGAAAGAUCCGAUGCACAGGCGACAGCGGAAACGGCCAGCCAUGCCUCAACUGCAAGAAUGCCGGCCACGAGCCCUGCCAGUUCCUCCGGGUGGCUUCUCACGAGACGCCCAUCAUCAAGAGCGAUUCCUUCAGCUACAACCUCGACGUCGCCCGCAGCUACCAGGCCCGCGGCGCCUCCAUCAUGCCCCCCAUGCCAACUCCUCCUCUGCCAUCCUCCUACGCAGACCCCAUGCAUGUGCCCAGCGGCGAGGCCUUGGCGUAUAAGAACGGCUCUGCCUACGCCUACGGCAACAAGUACUAUCCCAUGUCGACCUGGACAAACGGCUACGUCGAGGACGGCAACGUCGACUACGCCGUGUAUCCGCAGCCUUACCAGCCAGCGGCCGUCCAGCCCCCCGUGCAGCAACAGGAUGCCUCGUACAUGAUGGGCUAUCGAAUGGGCACAAGUUCCCCUGCUCCCAUGAAGCACGAGGGCCCCGGUGCUCCGCCGCUGUACGUCGAGCCAAACGCUGCUGCAUACGGCUAUCCUGCCGGACCUUCUGCAACGUCCACAGUGGCAUCCAUGAUUCAUCGCCCUGCUGCCAGUACCGAUGCAAACUCCGGCUAUGCCUAUCAAAGCGUUGCUUCCGGAAUCCCCAGCCACAUGGGCACCAGUGAAAGACUCCUCCCAGCACCUUCUACACGCUCCUUGACAAGUGCCCCUCAACAGCAUCCCUACCGCGCAGAGUCCAUCUCCUCUGCCUACAGCAAGACGUCCCAGUCAUCCACAGGCAGUUCUUCUCCAGCGGCUCUCUCCGAAGCAGCAACCACAUACAACAGCUUCGAGAGCUCUCCCCUAGCCUCCUAUCCCACCUCUGCCCCAGCCUCCCAUCACGGACGCAGCGGUGAAGGAUACACUACCACGGCAGCUUCGUCUCUGGAAGCAAUCAUCGAGCCGGUCAUUGAGCCGCUGAGAAUGACUGCCCCUGAGUUUACGUACAAGUACGCGGAUACCACGAGGCGGUACAACAGCCAGUACAAUGCGGCCAUUGGAAGCUAUCUUUCGAGCAGCCCGGGCCUUUCGAAUUACACGCUCAGCAGCGAUGAGCACGAGCGCAAGCCUAGAAUGCGGACUUGA